AUGACGUGGUUGGGGCUGACUUGGAGCGGGAACUGGGUGGACGAGCCCCGAGUGGGAAUUUUUCACGUUUCGAUAGUCGAGCAGUUAGUGACAGAAAACCGGCUAAAACUGCGCCUUAAGACAGUGGCAAUAAGGUCCAACUCUCACCCGGUCCGCCGGUAUGACGUGGUUGGGCCUGACUUGGAGCGGGAACUGGGUGGCGAGCCCCGAGUGGGAAUUUUUCACGUUUCGAUAGUCGAGCAGUUAGUGACAGAAAACCGGCUAAAACUGCGCCUUAAGACAGUGGCAAUAAGGUCCAACUCUCACCCGGUCCGCCGGUAUGACGUGGUUGGGGCUGACUUGGAGCGGGAACUGGGUGGCGAGCUCCGAGUGGGAAUUUUUCACGUUUCAAUAGUCGAGCAGUUAGUGACAGAAAACCGGCUAAAACUGCGCCUUAAGACAGUGGCAAUAAGGUCCAACUCUCACCCGGUCCGCCGUUAUGACGUGGUUGGGGCUGACUUGGAGCGGGAACUCGGUGGCGAGCUCCGAGUGGGAAUUUUUCACGUUUCAAUAGUCGAGCAGUUAGUGACAGAAAACCGGCUAAAACUGCGCCUUAAGACAGUGGCAAUAAGGUCCAACUCUCACCCGGUCCGCCGGUAUGACGUGGUUGGGGCUGACUUGGAGCGGGAACUCGUGGCAAUAAGGUCCAACUCUCACCCGGUCCGCCGGUAUGACGUGGUUGGGGCUGACUUGGAGCGGGAACUCGGUGGCGAGCUCCGAGUGGGAAUUUUUCACGUUUCAAUAGUCGAGCAGUUAGUGACAGAAAACCGGCUAAAACUGCGCCUUAAGACAGUGGCAAUAAGGUCCGCCCAACUCUCACCCGGUCCGCCGGUA